AUGCAGUUUAUGCUGCUUUUCAGUCGUCAGGGAAAGCUUCGUCUGCAGAAAUGGUAUGUUCCACUCUCAGACAAAGAGAAGAAAAAGAUCACAAGGGAACUUGUUCAAACGGUUUUGGCACGGAAACCUAAAAUGUGCAGCUUUCUUGAAUGGCGGGAUCUGAAGAUUGUUUACAAAAGAUACGCCAGCCUGUAUUUUUGCUGUGCAAUUGAGGAUCAGGACAAUGAGCUAAUUACCCUGGAAAUAAUUCAUCGUUACGUGGAACUGCUUGACAAGUACUUUGGCAGUGUGUGUGAACUUGACAUCAUCUUCAACUUUGAGAAGGCCUAUUUCAUCUUGGAUGAGUUUCUCUUGGGUGGCGAAGUUCAGGAAACAUCCAAGAAAAAUGUCCUCAAAGCAAUUGAGCAGGCAGAUCUCCUGCAGGAGCCACGUCAUGAAUAUUUUAAUGUCCCUGUGUACUAAAUGACUCCUCAUCGAAUAUGCAGUUUCACAGAGGAAAUAGAGCUGAUACACUUAAGAAAGAAAAUGCACGCAGCUUGGUGAUGCUGGUUAUCUUGUUACAGUAAUUAUAGAACGUUUCCCCUUGUAAUGGUUCCCCUACCCCCUUUGCUCUCCCUCUUCCAUUUUAGUUUAAUCCUUUAUGUUGCCUUGGUUUAGCUUCUGCCUACUCCACCUGUGAUUUAAUUUCUUCUUGGGAAACAUAAGCGCUUUGAAUGUUUGGAGGAAUACUUCAUCUUAAAUGUAUACGCAUGCUAUCACUAUUGAGCCAUCUGCGAUUGAUCUUCUAAGAGGAACACCCUGCAAUCUUUAAAGCGGUUUUGCCAAAGAGAAUACAGCUGGAACAAACUGUUAUGUUAGUAAGCUUUGGUCUUCAAAUGGGGAUACACUCCCCAGUGCCACACAGUGUCUCCUGUCAUGUUGCGUCCUGUAUGAGCUCAUGUGCCAUAACAUCUCACAAAUAAGUGUAUGUGGAAGUAAUAGCCCGAGGGUAAAGUAAGUCUGUCCCAGGACACAUUUAAACCAUGUCCCAUCCAUGCUAUCUACAAUAACCAAGCAAUCCCUUUACAAGAGUAUCAUCCCUUGAUGAGAGUAUCGUCCCUAAUAGCUGUAAGGAACCCUUCACCACACUACUACAGAUUGUGAAAAUAUUUUACUGUUCAGUUUAAAUACCUGAAUACUUCUAUUUCAUUAGGUAUAGUUUUGUAAAAUGUCUUCAUUUAAAUGCAUAACACCUCCUUUGAUGGUUUCUAUUUUAGAAUAUGAAAACUUUUAUUAUUGAAGAUUAUUUUGUUGGUGCAGAAUAAAAUAUGCUGCACACUGAUGCUCCAAGGCAGAGUAUCAAACAACUCAUUCAUUCAUUCAUCUAUACAUUCACCCGUCUAGAACAGGGGUCGGCACACUGCGGUUCUUGAGCCCUAUGCAGCCCUUUCUGUAUGCACAUUGGCUCUAAAGUAACAUUGAAAAAGUCUAAAGGAUUUUAUUUAUUUGCAAAAAUUUGUUUGUGGCUCUCAAAUUUUUAAGUGGUUGGGAGGAACAGGAUUGGCUCUUCAGCCUCAAGCUUGCUGACCCCUGAUCUACAAAGUACACAGACCUGGAGGGGAAGGGGGGGUGUUUGACCUAGCCCAACUGCCCCACAUUUGAUGGCCCAGAAUAGAGCUGCCCCCGGAAACCGGGAACGUGGGGAAUCAUUGUGCUUUUUCAUGUCCAUGUUUUUUACCUCCAUCCCCUUGCCAGGCUAUCUGUCUACGCUAGGCCUGGGGGUUAAUGCUGUAUAGAUACCCAUUGUCUCCUCUCUGUGUGCUUUGGACUGUGUGUGCUGAGCUGUAGCAUGCUGCUGCUUUGUUCUCUGUAUACGCGGCCACCUUUCAGUUCGUAGACUCAGAGCUGCCUUGGCAUGUUGAAAAUAAAAGUGUUGCAUGCAUUUUG